ACGCGAUCGCGUGCGUUCAGUCAAACGUCGUUAUAAUGUGAGCAGUUGUAAUAAUUCCCAACAAACUUACAAAACAAACGAACUGUCCACGUCUUUCUAAAUGUCCGAGACCCCCGUGCUACUAUCGGAACGUUACUUGUACUGUUCCGUAGCAGCGGUUCACGUUAUAUGAUUCAUUGCGAUGGCUCAUACAUUCUAAUAGUGUUAUAAUUUGAAUAUUAUUUUUUUGUGAAGUGUUGUUUGUGUUCGUUGCGUACGGUUCAGUGGGUAUUGAUUUUCGUCGCCACAUCAACGAACAGCUGUUCGAAGGAUGCGAAUGGAAUAUACUAGAAACGAAAUGACCCACUGAGACCCAGCCAGCAGACGCACAGCGGACGAGUCUAUACGGACGGUACGAAAUGUGUCCUAAACAUACUCAAUGACAAUGUCUUAAUAUCUUCCCCAGUUCGUUUUGUACACAGCUAGAGGUGUGACAGUGAAGUGUAAUGUGUCGUGAGAUCAAAGAUUAUACAGAAUAAUACGAUCUAGUGAGGAACUCGUGUCGAAAGGAAACAAGUGUCAGACAUUGUUGCUAUUUGUAGUGUUGCUAUUUUGGAUUCUUUCAGUGGAUGUGGAUUUAAAUCUGUUUAUAAGGUGGUGAGGUGGUUCAUAACGUGGAGAGAUGCUGGGCGGGGCGGCGGGGGGCGCCCGCUCCCGCCCGCCCACUGACCUCCAUCAAGGUGUAACUCGGUUCCCGUUGUACUCCCUGUUCCCGACACAAGGCAACAGAUCAACUCAGAUACAUAAAGUGAGUGAGAGCGUGUUCUCGUCCUCCGUGUCGUCGCUGGCAGCUCCUGCAGCUCCUCCAGCUCCUCCGCCGCCGACUCACUCCCCUUACCCUCCGCUACACCUGGAGCUGCUCAACUGCUCGCACCGGCUGCUGCUCGCAGACAAGGAGACCAGUAAGAUGGAAGACUCGAAGAUGGGUAAAUGUAUCCCGGAGACUCUUUGCUGUCCGGAACAGAGACAGCUGCUGGACGGAGUGAUGAUGGAGCCGCUCACCAUCAAGAUGGAGCAGGCUAAAAGGACCUGCAACACCUGUCUCACCACCUCGCCCAAGAAGGUGAUCCACACGGACGGCGGCUGCAGUCGGACCAACCCCGUCACCUGGCUGGGUGUGGGUCAUGUCGGGGGACACGUCGGGGGUCAGAGCGUGGUCCAGGUGAAACGCGAGCCACAACACAUGCACGUUUCCGAGCUGGUAGCCGUCAAGCUGGAGCAGGCCUCGCCCGGACACAAGCCGGACCCGCCGCCCAUACCGCCCUCACUCAAUAACGGUUCUAUCCCGGUCGGUAUAGCGGUGGCCAGGCAACGAGUGGGCGACGGAGGCCUGCUGGCCGCGCUGUCACAGAAAGACAACCAGCGACUACAUGACAUCGACACGCAGGCGGCCAUGACGGUGGGCGUGGCCAACGUACUCUGCGAUGACCGGCCCGCCCCCAUGGCGUGGCCGACCCCCGCACCCGCCGCUCCACCGCUCUGGCAGUACCCAGCGCAAGUGUCGAUGGAGAGCAUGAUGGUGGGCGGCAUGGGUGGCGUGGGCGUUGGGUCCGUGGGCAGUGGCAUGUCGUCCGUGGGCGGUUUUCAGCUGGUCCGAGAGCCGUCCUCGGGAGCUCUGCUGCUCCUACCCGCUCCCCCCGACCUCCCUCACGCCGUGGUGUGGGGCGGAGUGCCUUAUCCGUCGACACCCUUGCUGCUGCCGCCCGCCCCGCAUCCGUCUCACCACCUCCAGCUGCUCCCGGGCGAUCUGCUGGCGUCUACUGCUACGCUACAACACACCCACACUCAUUCCACGCGGCUGGUCACCCUCGCCCCCGCUCCCCCCGCACAGCCUCACCCUCACCCGGUCGAUAAGAGGAAACCCCUCAUGCAGCCGAUAAUAACCCCUCACACGCUCAUCAAAAUAGAGCCGGAGCCGCCGCAGGAGAAGCCCCAGGCCUUCGCUCCCGAACCCGUCCAGCAGCCGAUACUCACCACGCAUCUCUACUACCAGCCGGAUUUCCAAGAGCAGGCGUGCAGGCCUCAGGGUCCCCCGGCGGCCCCUCAGACUCCGCCGCCCGAAGUCCCCGCACACAAGGACGCCUCUAACCAGACAGAUCACAUUGACGAGGACGACGACUCUCCUAUCAACGCGGACGAGGACGAGCGUGAGGUCGCGUGUGUCGGGGUCGCGCACUACCCGGAGGGCUCGAACAUUAUACAGAUACAACCAUUGCAUCAGUCCAUAGACGGCGCGGAGGAAACCACUCUGGAGGGACUCGUGGCGGCCACCGUGGUGGGGGCGGUGGAGAAGGCGAUCAAUGCCAUGGAGAGGGAAGAGGCCGCCGAUAACUCCAGCAGCAGAGGCUCCCACGACCUGGUCAUCGACACAGCCGGCAGCAUGACGCCCCUGCAGGCGCAGCAACGCCCGCCCGUCGAUGUCAGCGGCCUGGAACUCCUCUCGAACAGUAUCGAGCAGUUUGAGCGGACGACUCCCAGCAACCACGCGGCCGGCUCCGACCAGGCGCCGCUUACGAUCGACACGAGGCCGUCUACUAAAAUAAACAUACUCAUAAAAACCUCACCGAGGUCUCCGUCGCAAGACGAUGAUGUAGUAGAGACACAUAAGAUAAGGUUCCAGUUCCCUCUAGUGGAGACAGGUGACAGCGACAAGCCGUCCCUGGAUGGGUUGGGGUUGCUGUGUGCUUUGGCGGAGCAGAGAUUCAUGGAGGAGGUUGAGGAGAGCCCCUCCCCAAAUAUGCCCUCGACCUCGCGAACUUUUAUUAAGACGGAGCUGCUGAGUCCCACAGAAAGGGAAAGGGAGAGGGAGAUAUCGUCCGAAUUGAAAAAAGAAAGACACAGACACAGAGAUGACGCUUCGGGCGAGAGAAGGAGAAAGAGAAGUACAGAUAAAGAAGAGAGAUUACGACACAAGUUGGAAAAGAUGCGCCGACACAAAAGGGAGAGAAAGGACACCGACAAAUCUGAAGGUGGCGAGUUGGAGGCGAGUUUACGGCGAGUGACGGCAUGUUCCUGUGGGAUGGUGAAUUGUUCCCACACGUCGAGCGUCCCGUCCGCGCAGGCGCUGGUGAACGCCAUGGAGAAAGAUAUGAGGGAACGUCUACAAGACCUGCAGCGGCAGUGUGACGAGAAGCGCGCUCAGCUGGACGCCCUUACUCCGCCACUGCCGGCGCUCGUCACGCCCGCACCGUGCCUACAGCUCAGUGCGAGUCCAGCUCUCUCACCGGACUCCGAUAGAGGCUCAUCCAAGAAACGUAAAGUGGGAAGACCGAGGAAAGUCUCCAGUCCCGACUCCACGGAAACCAUCGUAGCCAAGAAACCGAAGUCGAAAAACACUCUCGUCGGUUACUUACUGGCGAAAGGAAAACUUAAAGGGAACAUAUUGUACUCAAAGGGCGAACCCUCGAGAGACGACGGGAGUAGAACUAGUAAGGUCCGGCCGAAACUAAAAGCGGAGCCUGUCGUGAAGAUGUACUCCGAGGAAGACGAAAACGAUUGGGGGCUCAACAGAUCUGCGAGCUCCUCCAUGGAAAGUCUCAACGAGGUGAGGCAGAAGAACAGGGAGAAGGUAGACCGGUUAGCAAGGAAGCAUUCGAGAGACGACAUGUCAGAAAUAGAGCUAGCCCUGCGGAGAGCAAGCGCCUCCAGUGAUAGUGACAAGGAAAGAAGACGUGCAAGAAAGAAACGGAAGAGUACUAAGUCGAAAGAGAGAGCAGAGGCGAACGCGGAGCAAACACAGCACGAACCAGGGACUCAGACGAAGAUAUCGAAAUGUACUUUGACAGAAGAAAAAAUAGACACAUCGCCGAGAGUGCUCACGGCGAGAGGAGGACUCUUCUACGCGGGGAAGUUGAGCGCUGUACAGGCCCCUGACGUGUACGCAAUAACAUUAGACGGAGAGAGAGGAAAUAAACCGCACAUACUGUCGAGGGAGGAAACAUUGAGAGAUGCCAUCCUGGAGGUGAGUCCGUCUAGUGUCCGGGAGCUUCCAUCCGGUACCCGUGUAUGUGCGUACUGGUCCCAGCAGUACCGCUGUUUGUAUCCGGGAACAGUGGCCGUGUCUUCCCCUGACCCACACCAUGACAAAUUUGUCGCGGUGGAAUUCGAUGACGGUGACUCCGGUAGGAUAGCCAUCGAAGAUAUCAGAUUCUUGGAACCCAAUUAUCCUAUCGUGGAAUACGAAAACACAUUGUUUACUCUGAGCAAACGGCGGCGUAAUACGAGCGUGACGGAAGAUAAAAAACACUCGACGGCUUCCACGAGCAAUGACGUCAAGAACGAAGCACAGAACGAUGGACAGAAGGAGGAAGAAGAUAGACACAGAGAUAGGAAGAAGUUAAAGAAACAUCGCAAAGAAAAGAUGAGGCGACUGACGAGCGAGGACGGACCCGGCUCAGAAUAUAUAAAGAAGAAGAAAAAGAAACACAAGUGCUGCGAGGAACACGGGAAGCAUCGCAGGCAUCACAAGAAACAUCACCGGAAACACAAGAAGAGACAUCACUCAAUAUGCAAGGAACAUUCCAGUUCCUCGGGCGACGAUCACAGACAGAAAUCAUCCUCGGACUACAUGGACUCCAACAAGUCCAACGAGGACUCGCUCGACUCCAACGACCGCCUCUCCACUCUCAUAGCGGUCGAGAAGUCUCCGGAAGAAAACAUGAAAACUGUCAUCAAGAAGGCCGUGCUGUCCAAGAAGAGUCUAGUGAAGAAUGCGGUGCUGGAUUUCAGUAAUUUGAAUAAAAUAACACUCAAGAAGGAAGAUGCGAAGGAUAACCUGAAGGAUAGCGGGAUCGGCCUGGAGGAGCCGCUCCCAGAGACCGCGGCAGCGUCCACGUCCACCGAUACUUCUAAAAAGAAGGCGAAGAAGCGCACGGUGUCCUCUACAUCCUCGGACGGCGGCGGCGGUGUCAGCAAGAUGGCGGCCUUCCUCCCGGGGGGAGCGUUGUGGAGGUGGCACGGGCCCGCCUACAGGAGGACCACCAGGCCUCGGCACAGGAAACUAUUCUACAAGGCCAUACAACGCGGGGAGGAAAUACUACAUGUGGGUGAGGCGGCGGUGUUCCUGUCCACCGGCCGCGCCGACCGCCCCUACAUAGGACGGAUCGCGGCCCUUUGGCAGGCCCGAGGUGCCAUGGCGGUCAGGGUACACUGGUUCUACCACCCUGAGGAGACGGCCGGCUGCCGAGACUUGAAGUACCCGGGCGGGCUGUUCGAGUCCCCGCACACCGACGAGAACGACGUCCAGACGAUAUCCCACAAGUGUGAGGUCCUGCCCCUGGCACAGUACCAGGAGCGGCUGGGGGACGACCCGGCCCGGUACAGCACCGUGUACGACAACAACGACGUGUACUACCUCGCGGGUCACUACGACCCCACCCAGCAGGCCCUCACCAUGGAGCCGCACAUACCGCUGCAGGACAACUCCUAGACACUCGGGCGCCAGGGACCCGCCGGCGAAAUAACCUCACGGAAAAUUAAAGGAAAGGAAGGUCGCACAUAUAGAACCCGCCUUCCUGUUAUGACACCCUGGUACUUAACUCACGAAACGAAGAAGAAAAAAUAUAUAUUUAAUGUAAAAAAAUAUAAUUAAUUUAAUUAUAGAGAUUUAUAAUAAUUAUUGAAAAUGUAAAAUAUUCUUCCAUAGCGGACAUCUCACAUACUAUGGAAAAGGAAAAUUAUAUAAAAACAAAUGUUUAAAAGACGUCGCCAGUGCAAUAGAAUAGUUUCUUCAUAAUUUUUUUACUAUUUGUGAAUCAGUAGUUUAUAAGAAGUGACGUCACACACCGGUACUGUACGUGUGGAGUCCGCCUCUCACUGUCUAGUACAGAGUAUACAAGGUGUUGAAGUACAGCGGACGUUACGUGUCGUCGGCCGACACACGGAUAGUUUGAUGUGGACUGGUCGUAGACGCGGCGGGUGUAGUACGUGUCCUCGUACUAAAGGUACAUUCGUGUUAAAGUUACCCUUGUUAUGUUUAGCGGUGUCCUUGUUUGAUGUUACGUUUGGUGGAGUGGGACUGAUGGCUCUAGUGGGUCUCGUGAGACAGGUGGAUGUAGUGAGCCUUGUGGGCCUUGUUGGCUGAGUAGGAUAAGUGGAUCGUGCGGGAGAGGGUAUAGCGUGGGCCUCGCGGGCCUCGCGGGCCAUGUGGGUCGAAGGCUCCACGUGAGGCCCACGCUAAUGAAGUGAUGAUAUGUGAUUUAUUUUUAUACUUGUGGCGGUGCGAGGGAAUGCCUUUUUUACAUAUGUAUACGUUUAUAUAACACAUACUCUACAUGUAUAAGUUCUCGUCCGAGUAUGUCGAUUGCAAUACAACUACCUUCAGCUAGUCCUUUAUUACUUCGGAAGUCUACCAGUGAUCGUAGGUAUGUUAGUCAGUUACAAAAACUGCGGAAUGUGUGGAGAGAUAAGGUUUUAUAAAUUAUGAAUCUGAUAUGUUUGUUUGUUGUUUUCCAUAUAUGUUUUUAUAUUUCGUUUAUUAUUUUCGUUGGUCGGUGUACACGUUACACGGAUGGUGCUAAGCUCUCGGAACUGUUCUUAGUUUGUCUUAACGGUAAGGUUGUACUCGAUACUGUGCGCGUCGCGUGCUCUGCUCCAACUGACAUUGUCUUGAUGUGUUUUUAUUUUUAUAUUAUAUAUAUAUGUGGACUGAAAAGACAGGGAUAAACGUAGGAGACCAAGGUUAGGGAGUAUUGAGUAGAUAGGUUUUGUAGGAAGUGGCCAAAAGGUGCGAUGUCGGUGGAAAGAGGUUGUUUAGAUUCUCUCACGUUUCAAACGCUUUUUAUAUGAUCUACAGUGUACAGUGUACAGUGUACAUGUUUAGCAUUUUUUAAUGUUUGGUAACGGUUAUAAUUUAUAUAUAAUAAUGAAUAGUUAUGUCACUGUCUGUUCGUACGGUCGAGGUGCGAUCUGAAAUGCUCUUUACGUUAUGUCUGUGAUGUGAGAUGCUCCCCAUACAUUUGUUUCGUGUACAGUAGUUUCAGAACGCGCUCCGUGUGCUGUACAUAGUCCGCAGUGAUGAUUUCUUCCAUUCUGAAAGUAGCGUACUGUUUUGCCUACCGUUGCCGUAAUCGGCGUGUAACCGGCGUGUAACGAGCGUCGUACCUACUGUGUUUAUUAUAGUAUAGAUUUAGUUUGAUGCAUAAGAUAUGACGUAGGAGGACAUUUACUUUUUAUAUAGAAUAAUAAUUAUAUAAGAGUUUUUUCUUUUCAAAACAUUAUAAAUGAGAUGAAAAACGAAUUUGACGAAACUAAAAGAGUGUUAUGAGAAUGUCGUAUUUUUAUAUAAUGUUAGUUGUCUUAUGAAAUAAAAUAAAUUAAAAUCAACAGUUGUAUAAUGUAAGUACAAAGAUCGAAUAUUCACACUUAACGUACUGUAUGGUACAAAGCGUAGGAGUCGAGAGACGAUACUUACUAACUGUAUGUACAUGUGUAACGUUUUCUGAAACGAGCGCAGUGGACGUGACGGAGGGGAAGCCAUACAUUGUAAUACUAGAUUUAAAGAGUUAUAAUAUAUCAGCAUCUAUAAUAUAAAGGUUAUAAAUACGCUUAAAUAAAAAUAUUUUUGGCUGA